AUGCGGUGGAUGGAUGGCGGAGCUGACUAUGGCAUAGCAGGUCGGUGGUUGAGAUCGGUGGUGGACGACCAUUGGAGGAAGCUCCGGCGUGAUGGGUGCGAACGGAGCAGGUCGGCGAUACUGCAGGCGGUGUUCUUCCGAUGUUCUUCUUUUUUUUUCUCAGUGCCGUCUAGUCAGAGAAAAGGUUGCACAUGGAGGUUCUCCAUGACAGGGUCACGAUGCCUGAAUCUUGCGCGUUUGUGUUCGUUGACUACGUCUGAGGGAAAUCGCAAUUCUGAAUCUCUUCUACUUUGCUUCAGUUUUGCCUUUAUUCCUCUUAUUAGUAAAAUCCUGCUGAAACAAUUAGUUGACAAACAAAUGGUAAUGAUAAGUCAACAGAGAAAUUGA